AAUUUACAGGAGUUGAGGUUGAUUGGUUGUUCCCGACUCAAUGAUGCUGCAAUUGACCUAGUUUGCGAACAUAUGCGCUUUUUGCAAGUAUUGGAGCUAUCGACCAAUCCGCUAGUCACUAAUUCUGCGCUGGCAACCAUUGGUGGAUCUUUAAACCAAUUGGAGUACCUCUCGCUCGAUAGAUGUGCCUCUAUCACAAAUGAAGGCCUCAGAUCAUUGAAUGGUCUUUUAAAUCUUCAAGUACUGACCCUGCGAUGGUGUUCUCUCUUGACCGAUGAAGGUCUUCUCGACAUCCUCAAACUCAAACGACUGAGGUUCCUCAGUUUGGCCGGUUGCAAGGGUUUCACAACUAACGGCUUACAAACACUAACCGCAAUGAAGAACUUACACAAACUUGAAAUUACAAAUAUCAGUAAUUCCCGAGAAUGCAAGAAGUAUUUGUCAAAAAUUAUGCCUAAUUGCUGUAUUCUGAAUUGA